CCAUGGCAAACAAGCACUGUGGGCUGUCAUAUAGAUGUACCUCUGUUCAGCUACUUUUUAUAAAAGAAUACUAUGUAUGCAAACAUGCACGGCCAUAAGUCAUCCACAUGUUAGUAACGAGGGCGUGCAUCUUCAGGUUAUGACAUGCAACUCUUAACGCCGCAAAGUCACGUCGGUUUUAUAGCUCAUUCGUGUUUAUUGGAGCGUAUCGACAAAGGAUGUAGUUACAAAACAAACUGGAGCGAAAUGCAUGCGUUUAAAAGUGAAACAAAAAAAGAUCUGCGUUCGGACUGAACGUAUGUUAAUUUUGACCGUCAAGAGGAGUUUCGAUUGUCUCUGUUCGCAUUCAAGUUCAUCUCAAGUGCAUUAUGGAGACUUGCGUGAUAGCCGUCGAGGAAAACCAAAACGUUAUCAAGACAUAUUCGUGUUUCAACAGGACGUUUUCAUCUAUGACAGUGGACGAUGUGUAUGAAAUCGCUAAAGCUGUGGGGGCAGAAGUGGAGAAGCUCAUCGACAACUAUGGGAAGUCGAGUGUGGAGGGUCUGGUGUCUCACAUAGUCAAAGUGUUGGAGCUCUUGGAGAGUUUCGCGGCAAGAAACCAAGCUCAUAAAUGUAAGGAAGAGGAACUAUUGAAGGCGUUUGAGACGUUACAGAUACAGCAGCAGAAGAAACGACACGUGAAGGAGUGCGAUGAGACCAGCAACAGUAACGUUACAGAGAGUGGGGACUGGCAUCAGAAGGAGAAGAAACUGAAGGAAAACGUAGAAGUGUUACAGUCCCAGGUGCAAAAGCUCAAGGAAGAGAAUCAGGAGCUUCUGGCCCACUUAAAAUGCACACACUCCAAAGAAGACCGCACACAGCGUCAGGAACGAGAGGUGAUGCUCAAGCUGAAGGAAGUGGUGGAUAAGCAACGUGACGAGUUAAGAGCGAAAGUGCAGGAGAUUUCCAGCAUGUCCAAGGAAGUGGAAGCGCUCCAGGAGCAGCAGGAGCGACUAAUGAAGAUAAACGCAGAGCUCAGACACAAGCAGGACAUCAUACAGACUCAGCUGAAGAGUGCAGUGGAGAGGAGGGCCGACAUGGAGGCCGACCUGUGCGAGAAACAGAAAGAGAUAGAGCGCCUGAACUCACAAUUAGAAAGAGCCAGCAUACAUACUGCUGCUGAAACGAACAGUUCAGCCAUUGACCUCACGGAUAAGAUGAUCAUUGACUUGAAGGAUCCAAAUCGACCGUGUUUUACCAAGCAGGAAGUACGAGACUUGCUUUUUGAGAAGAAUGAGUUGAAGGCCAAUCUCUUUCUGGUCAAAGAGGAGCUUGCAUAUUACCAAAGGGAAAUCCUGAAUGAUGAGAGAUGCCCAGGGUUCUUACUGGAUGCCGUGCGCUCUGCCAUAAAGAAGCAGAGGACCGUCAUAAAGUCUAAAAUGCUCGGCAUACCCGUUAGCGAAUGUAGAACAGAUGAGACAGAUGGUCCUUUGUUUGAGAGGAGUGGAAAUGAAGACAAUGACACUGACAGCACUGACAACAGACCCCAGGACUCACGCAUCAGAAAACUAUUUGGUUUCCUGACGCCGUCCAGUCUUACUAGGAGCUCUGGUUCCCAGCCCCCCGGCCUUCCAACAUCCAGCUCCACAUGGGAAAUCCUUGAUCCAGACGAGCAGGGAGGCGAGGAGGAGACACAGACCCUCAGAUCCUCUUGAGAACCACCUCAACUGCCACUCAUCUUCAACUGGAUUAGAAGAGAGAAGUUCUAAAUAUGUUCUUUAUUUGAUUUAGGUUUCAAACCAAAGAACGGACUACUCUUGUAUUUGGUUAUACAAACAUAGUAUUAAUAGUUGUUGCCUAAGCAGACCUUUUUCUCAGUAUAAAAUCAUUCAGCACGUGGCUUCUGUUAAUUAGCUGAUAGCUAGAUUUGUGCCUGAUGGUCACUCAGUGUCACAGAUGACCUGAAGAUGAGAUCAGAGUGUGUCAGUCAUAUACAUAUUGUUGUUUGUUGUUUACCAUUUAAAAAUUUAGGGUCAGUAAGAAUUUUUAAUCUGUUUGAAAAAAAUCUUUUAAUCACCAAGGCUGCAUUUAUUGGGUAAAAAAGCUGUAAUUUUACAAUCACUAUUUUUAAUUUUAAUAUAUUUUUAAAUAUAAUUUUAACCUGUAAAUCUGACUUUACUACAGUCUUCAGCGUCACAUGGUCCUUCAGAAAUCUUUCUACCACACUAAUAUGGUGCUUAAGAAACAUUUCUUAUUAUUACAGUUGAAAACGCUUAUGCUGCUUUUUUUUGUGGAAACAUUUUUUCAGGAUUCUUUGAUGAACAGAAAUUUCCAAAGAUACUGCAGCUUUUGAUCAAUUUAAUGCGUACUUGCUAAAUAAAAGUAAUAAUUUCUUAGCAAAAGGGGAAACUCUUACUGACCCCAAACUUUUGAACAGUAGGGUAUAUACACAGUUAAAUAUUAACUGUUGAAUUUUUUUCACUUUCUCCUCUCUGAGUUCAAUAUGCAAAGCCAACUGUUAGUAAUACAUUUUGUUGAUUUUCCAAAGAGCAUAAACAAAGGUUUUGCGGCACUUUCAAAACAUUGCUAUUUCAGGGCCCAACAUACGCCCACUUACGGCUUAAGCAAUGGCAAGCAUUUGGGGCAAAGCUACCUGUUAUAAGCUGUUUAUCAGUAAAUUGACUUGGAAAGGAUGGGUGGAAGGGUUUGAAACAAUCAUUAUUGCCAUUUCACUUGGUGGUGCAAAUGACCGCAGACUGGUGCACUUAAAAACAUGGGAAUAAUCUGCAGUGUUUUGAUAAUCAUAAUACACCUGGCAUUAAAUUAGAUGUCUGGAUGGAAGCUACAGAGAAUUAUAGCAGCUAUUUUUAUAGAGAGUAUAUUUAAUAUGGAUUUUAACCAAAGAUACUGACACUGUAUUGCCAUGACUCUCACACUGACCCUUUAUGUCACUAGGGGGCAUUAGAGUAUUUUGUAUUCAUGUUCUUCCAAUAUAUUUUCUUAUAAAACAUUAGUUGUCCCUAAAAGUGUCCAUUUUGUAUCUAUUUUAAGGAUAUUUAGCAUGUUUUAAUAGAAAUAUUUUAAUAAUAGCAGCCAACAUAUGAUAUUAUUAAUGUCCAGUCAGUUCUGUGAUGUCCAUGAUUGUCAACCUGAUGUUAAAAAAAAAGCAUGUAAACAUGUAAGAAAAAAAAGAUGCAUUGGCCAAAAAAUGUAUUGUCUGAAAAUGUUGUCAUCAUUUAUUCACUCUAGUGUUGUUCCAAAUUUGUAUGACUUUCUUUUGCAGAACACAAAAGAAUAUAUUUUGAAGAAUGUUGGGGUGAGUAAAUGAUGACAGAAUUAAGAAUUUUUUUUUUUUUUUUUGGUGAACUACCUUGAACUAACUUCCCCUGAUUGAGAGGAAGUCUGUGUUUCCUCCGAAGGAAAUUAGAGAUAAUGGGUGCCCCUAUGUCUCAAAGGCCUGAAGCUGAAUUCCAUAUUCCUUAGCUGUCUGUGACUCAUCUGUUUAUCUUUGGACGUUUGGAAAUAAAAGUUAAUGAGUCCCAUAUUGAUCUUUUAAUAGUGUAUUUUAUUUUUGUAAAAAUGUUUGUAACUGGAAAGUGUUAUAAAGCUAAAUAAAAUCCGGAGGUGGUGUUGUGA